CCGGCGAGCUUGGGUCGCCUGCCAUAUAACCUUCUUAGAAUUGCUUUAUGAAUUAAACAUUUCUUGUACCGACGUCGCAGCAAACUCAGAAGACUUUCAGUUCAGAAUCAUUAAACCCCACCAUCUCCCAACGGGCUCCCGCAAGAUGCGGGUGAUGUAGGAAGGGGCUCAUUAAGCUAGUCUCGACGAGGGGCCGGGUGGCGAGUUGACCGGCGUUGGGCGGGAGAAGCAAUGGCGCAGCAGGGCCCCCAGCAGCGCAACCCCUAUUACCAGUGGUACCAACAGAAUCGGGCACUGGUGUGGGGCACAGCCGCUGCUGCUGCAGCCCUGUAUGGAGCAUACACAUACAGCAGCGAAGGGAAAGACAAUGCCUCGUCGUCUCAGCAGCGCCAACGGCCACAGAGCCAAUAUCAGAAGCUGCGUAGUAUGCUUACAAACUACAGCAACGCGGCGUCGACGCUGGCUGAGACGGCGUCUCUCGUGUCAACGGAUUUGCGCUCGUUUCUGACGUCGGACAGUUCGGAGGUGCCGCAGAGCCUGCGGCAGCUGAACAAGCUGCUGCAGUCUGCUGAAAUACAGGAGACCGUCACCACGGUGACGUCGUCGGUGGUGAAGGGCGUGUCGCGGGCGUUGCCGGCGGGGCUCGGUUCCGCAGCCGGCUCUGAGGGGCCACCGCUGGUGGACACAAUCAUCGAGGCCGUGCUCUCCGAGCGCGGCCGCGGCUUGGUCGGCAUGGCGGUGGGUGUGGCCACGCGCAACGCAACGCACGCGGUGUGUGAGUUCAUGGAGCGACGCAUGGAGGCCGCCGCCUCGGCCGCGUCCGCCAACGGCGGCAGCGUGGGCAUCAAGGAAGUGCUGGACGUGCUAACGAGCGAGCACGGCGAGAAGCUGCUCACGCUGCUGCUUACAAAGAGCAUUCGCACCGCCGUUACCUCGUAUGUGGACGCCACGACCGGCUACAACCUGUACGAUGACAUGCUCGCCAGCAUCGCCAAGCAGGAGCACCGCGACGCGCUGACGGACGUGCUGUCACGCCUGACGGCGUCGUUCUGCAAGGAGGUGGUCAUCUCCUACCGCCGCGCUACCGCCGCGGCGGCGGCGCAGGGCGCCGGCGGCACCGGCACCAGCGGCAUGCCCGGCAACGCGCCGGCAGGCAAGCACCACCAGCAGCACCAGCACCAACAUGCGCAGCAGCACCCAACGCCCGGUGCCAAUGUUGCCAACGGCACCGUGAUGCCGGUGAUGGUCAAGGGCGGCGCUCUGGGCAGCGGUUGCAGCCUUGACGCGGUGCUGGCGACAGCCGCCAGCGGUGGCUCGGAGCUUGCGCUGACGGCCAGCACCCGCUGCAACGGGUCCCUAGGGGCCGCGGGGCAGCAGCAGUCCGGCGUCAACGGACGGACCGCGCAGGCGUCAUCGGCGGGUUCGCAGCAACAGCAGGGUUUGGUAAGCCGGCAACACAGCGUCAACGGUGGCGUCAACGCGGCGCUGAGCCGUGCGAUGCUGGCGCAGGCGCCGCCGGUGUGGCUGAAGCAGGUUGUUGAGCUGGUGGGUCAGCGCGACGUGCGCAGCCUGACGGUGGAGGUGGUCAAGAGCGCCAGUCGCGAGGCCACACGCGGCGCGGUGGAGGGGCUGCUGCAGGGCGCGGCGCAGUCCGGCGCCCGGCUGGAGGGCGGCGGCAGUGUGCUGGUGCUGCCCGCCUGCGCCGCCGGCUACAAACUGUACGUGCUGGCCACACUGGCGGUCAGCCUGGCCAUGUACGCCCUGUCGCCACGCCUGGUCAUGCUAUGAUCUGAUGUGUGGGCCUGUGUGUGGGCAGCGGAUGUGACGCCUGGAGGCUGCCGGCAGCGGAUGGUAGCGGCUGGCAUGAAGGCUUGGGCUCGGGGCCCAGGCUGUUGGAAUACUUGGUAGCAGCUGGGGUGAAGGUGGAGAUGUGGUCAGCUGAGGUCGCCAUUUAAGUGGAGUCAAGCGUGCAGCCAGUCGUGGGGCGAGCCAGUGCCUGUACUGGGGCGCGGUAGCCCUCCGUGCGUUGAGUGUGCGCGUUUGCAAGCGCAGCACAGAGUACUUGAGUUUGACUGCUCGGAAGUCCUGAUGGGGACACGUGCUGGAAAGGAGCUGAGGGCAAUGCCGAAGGGCAGAAGGUGGCACCUUGAACACGCCGCAGGGGCAAGUCACCAAGCGGUGCUGACUGUCUCGCACAUCAUUCUGUAGGUAGAUUUUGCGUGCGUGCGAUGGUAAAUCAUUGCGAGCGUCCAUGUUCAUCGCUGGGGGCCUCUGGGGGAGUCUGGGGAGUGGGGGCAGCACGCGUGCACGGAUGCGCAAUCGCAUGGAAGUUCAUAGAGUAGGCGUCCAAGCGCGUAUGGCCACAGUCCUGCACUGUAAUUGGUGCGUAAG